AUGGAAUCGAUGUUCAUUCCAGAACCUGUGGUAUCUAUGUCUAUUAAGCCGACAAACAAAUCAACUGUUGAAUCGUUUAGUAAAGGUUUAGCCCGAUUUACACGUGAAGAUCCAACCUUUGUUCUUUCACAGGAUCCAGAAACUGGUGAAUCAUUGGUAUCCGGUAUGGGUGAAUUACACCUAGAAAUCUAUGCUCAACGUUUAGCUCGAGAGUACAAUUCACCAUGUGUAUUAGGUAAACCUCGUGUGGCGUUCAGAGAAACGCUAUCCGAACCAUUUGAAUUUGAUUAUCUUCAUAAACGUCAAUCUGGUGGAGCUGGUCAAUAUGGUCGAGUAAUCGGUAUCCUGGAGCCUUUACCACCUGACUCUUAUACAAAAUUGUUAUUUUCUGAUGAGACAGUUGGUACACAUGUCCCAAAAAAUUAUGUCCCUGCCAUUGAAACUGGUUUUCGUAAUGCAUGUAAUUCAGGACAGUUGGCUGGACAAAAAGUUACCGGAGUAAAAUUUCGUCUACAAGAUGGUGACCAUCAUAUGGUGGAUAGUAGUGACUGGUCUUUUCAACAGGCUGCCGAAGGUGCUAUGAAACAAGCCAUGGAUGAAGGAAAAUGGUUAAUAUUAGAACCAAUUAUGUAUGUUGAAGCAACUGCACCAACGGAGUUUCAAGGCGCUUUAAUUACUAUUGUAACACGACGUAAUGGUCUUAUCGUCAGUACUGAAACCAAUGAAUGUGACGCUAUCAUUCAGGCUGAGGUACCAUUGAAUGAAAUGUUUGGUUUUGCUGGUGAAUUACGCAGUCUAACCGAAGGGAAAGGUGAAUUUUCUAUGGAAUAUCUAAAGUAUUGUCCAGCACGACAAGCCACUACAGACACACUAAUUCAAGAGUAUGAAGCAGCUGUAGAGGCGAAAUUGAUUGCCAGUGGUAAAAAAAAUGUAACUACUGAUUUGUUGGUAACGAGAAGGAUCGUUUGA